UUCGCCCACCCAGGACACACACACACAGUCGCCUCCAAAGGACCCGCCGGGAGUCUCUAAGGACCCUCUUUACGUCCCGGAGUCGCCCCUACCGCCCUCCCCAUAUCCCCGGAGCCCCAGGCGGGGACCCCAGCAUCGAACGUUCCCGCGCCUCCGGGCACCUGGCUCAGCCGGAGUCCCCCGGGUCGGGGCAGGGCCGGGCCGGCGGCGGCGAGCCGGAGCCCGCCCGGCGCCCGGGCCCUGCCGAGCCCUCGGAAGCCGCCCAUGGGGCUCCGGCUCCCCGAUCCCCCGAGCCCGGCCGCGCCCAGCCUGGCGGCUCGAGCCGCGCGCAGGAGGAGCCGGGCGCAGUGACCCGGGAGACCCCGCAGACUCCCGAAAGCGCGGCGGCGGCGGCGGCCGGCGGGGCAGGCGGUUCCUCGCACCUCCAGGCGCUUCCAGGCAGCCCUCCGAGCCGUGCCAGAGGCCCGGCCCGCCAUUCCCAGCCCCGAGCCAUGAUGAAGACCUUGUCCAGCGGCAACUGCGCGCUCAGCGUGCCCGCCAAAAACUCCUACCGCAUGGUGGUGCUGGGCGCCUCGCGGGUGGGCAAGAGCUCCAUCGUCUCCCGCUUCCUCAACGGCCGCUUCGACGACCAGUACACGCCCACCAUCGAGGACUUCCACCGCAAGGUCUACAACAUCCGUGGGGACAUGUACCAGCUGGACAUCCUGGACACGUCCGGCAACCACCCCUUCCCCGCCAUGCGCAGGCUCUCCAUCCUUACAGGCGACGUCUUCAUCCUGGUGUUCAGCCUGGAUAACCGGGAGUCCUUCGACGAGGUCAAGCGGCUCCAGAAGCAGAUCCUGGAGGUCAAGUCGUGCCUGAAGAACAAGACCAAGGAGGCGGCCGAGCUGCCCAUGGUCAUCUGCGGCAACAAGAACGACCACGGCGAGCUCUGCCGCCAGGUGCCCGCCACCGAGGCCGAGCUGCUGGUGUCGGGCGACGAGAACUGCGCCUACUUCGAGGUGUCGGCCAAGAAGAACACCAACGUGGACGAGAUGUUCUACGUGCUCUUCAGCAUGGCCAAGCUGCCGCACGAGAUGAGCCCGGCCCUGCACCGCAAGAUCUCCGUGCAGUACGGCGACGCCUUCCACCCCAGGCCGUUCUGCAUGCGCCGCGUCAAGGAGAUGGACGCCUACGGCAUGGUGUCACCCUUCGCCCGCCGGCCCAGCGUCAACAGUGACCUCAAGUACAUCAAGGCCAAGGUCCUUCGGGAGGGCCAGGCCCGAGAGCGGGACAAGUGCACCAUCCAGGGGGGGGGGGGGGGGGGGGGGGGGGGGGGGGGGGCGCCUUGGGUGGUGCCUUACGGGAUGGCCCCCGAUGUCCCCUGGACAAGACCCCACAGCAGUCGUGUUCAGUGA